AUGCCCAGAGACAUCUGGACUAAGGUCGGAUUAGAAACAUUCCUCCACCGGGCAAACAUCAACGCUGAUGCUGCGGUUUGGAAGGUCGAUACCAGUCUCUUCCCUUCUGCGUCUCCCGUUCAAUAUUGUCUUCACAAUGCUGCCCACAACCCCACAACCUUAUCUCUCUCCUCAACCGGACGAACGUUUCUCAACUCGACCUUAGUAUCUCAGAGUGAUGUAGAACACGAAAUGCCAGCGUACCCCGGAAGCAUAUGCGCGCAUCAAUACUUAGGAAAGGGGGUUGAGGAUGAGGUGGUAGGCAUGCGUGACAACAGCGCGUGUGAAGGAUGUCGGGCGUUGGGAGGUGCUGCGAAUCAAGUCAAUGUGGGCUCAGCAUGGGUUGAGAUACGACGCGGUGAACUUUCGGCAUAUUAA